AUGUUUAUGAUGCUCAACGGUACCGCUGACGGUGAGAGUAGGUGGAACAAAGUGUGGCAGUUCACAAAGACGUAUGCGAGGCAUGUUGGAAGUGUUUACCUUUCCUUCUUAACCCCUGCCGCGCUUGUUAUCGCUUACAAUGCUGCCAUGGUCACGCAAGACACGGAGCGAUUCGGCCUCGCGUGGAUGCACUACGCAGGAGUGCAGGAUGAGGAGGAGCGGGAGCAAAAGUUCCCCGCUUAUGAACCCGGCAGCGCGCCGCAGCGUAAGCGCCUCGCCGCAGCAGGAACUAGGGAGUAUGUUUCCUCCACUGCUUGA